AUGCCGGAGGAGUUUUUUCGAUUCCCUUACCAUGCAGCGACCUCCGAUUUAAUCCGAUAUGCCCUGCUGUAUCACCACGGAGGCAUCUACAUGGAUGCAGACUUCAUCGUCCUGAAGGAUCUGUCCCCUGUGGUUGAUCGCCUGGCCGACCACGAUUUGAUUUCCUAUGCGACUGUCAGCAACCCGAAAGGGGUUUGCUCGGACAGCUUCAGCUCAAACUUCAUUGCCGGGCGAAAAGGCAGUGUGUUCAUGCGGGAAAUGUGGGAGAAGCAGAAGAAGAUGAUUACAAAGCACUGCCCGCUGUCUGACAAGUCGAAAGAGAUUGUGUGCUGUUUCGACGAUCCGAAAAUCGAAUGUCACAUCCCCUUUGCCGGAAUCGGCGAGGGCACCUCCCACCCGAUGCUUAACCAACUCAACAAAAACAAGGUGAGCAUGAAGACCUAUUGCUUCGCCGACGAAGAGUCUUUUGUUCCAGACCACUUCGCCUAUGUCCUGGAGCAUGUCUCCGAUUUAGAGAAGGCGUACAAAUACCUGGAAGAGAGGAACAUCAAGCGAGGACUGGAUCGAAUGGCUUUCCACAUGUUCAACUCCAUCAUACCCUUCAAAAAUUACAACUGCAAGAAGCUUUUCACCAAGGGGACGACGGUGGGCCAACUUUACUUGACUGCCUUCGGCACUGGGCUGGGCAUCGGAGCGAGAGCAGCAGAUGCGGAAGCAGAGGUGUUUCUCAAGGAGCAUCCUGAUUUCCAAGAGCUCCAGGCGAAGUAUGAAGGCGGUUGGCCUUGCAAAGACGCACACAAAGUCGCUCCUUCAGUUGCGAAGUUUAAAGCCAGCGCACCUACUGCGCCCUCACCGGCACCGGAAGCAUCGGUGACAACAGUGGAAGAACCCAUGGAGUCGCCAGUCGUUGCAUCAGCUGCAGACAGAGCUGGAGGCAAGUGCCGGAUCUUCACUUACUGGGAAUACGAGGGUCUCGGUCCUCUCUACUUGCGGCUCAACGUCGAGUCCUGGCGGCGCCAUGCACGGUCCCUCGGAGAGCCUGUGAUCGUGACUACGGCCAAUGUCAGAGAGCAUGUCCCGGACGUGCCGGAGGAGUUCUUCCGGCUUCCCUAUCCUGAGGCCCGGGCCGACUUUAUCAAGUGGGGCCUGGUCUACAACAACGGCGGCAUCUUCGUGGAACCCGACGUGCUGAUGUCACAGGACAUCGAGGAAGUCUGCAAAAAGACCGAUGACUUCGACCUGGUAUCCUCGCAGGAGGAGUCCGAUGGAUCCUGCACCGACCAGUUCAACCCUGCCGUGGUCGCCGGACCACCGAAGAGCGUCUACUUCAAGGCAGUGUGGGAGAAGCACAAAUCCAUGCUCCAGCAUCACUGCCCCAUCGCAGACAAGCAGAAGGAGAUCAUUUGUUGCUUCGAUGACACCAACGAGCGCUGUCAUAUUCCUUGGCUGGCCAUGAACCGGGGCAUAGCUCAUCCCAUCAUCCGAGAUUGGAGCCGCAGCCAAUCUGAUCGCUCCUUGAGGAGCUUUUGCUUUAACAGGGAAAACGGCUUCCAGCCGUCGAACCUGAACACAAUGAUCCGCGAGAGAUGGGACGUGCCGCGGGCCCUGAACUACUACAAAAAACGGGGCAUCCCGAGGCCGACGGAACGUAUGCUGUACCACCUCCAAGGGCACGGCACGAACAUGCAGGAACUGGAUUGCUCGCAGCUCUUCAACGACAGCACGCUGAUUGGCAAACUGUACCUGUCGAGCUUCUUGUCGAAGGAGCCUCUUCCGUCGGAGAGUGCAGGGGCUUCGCAGUUCCACAAGCAGAACCCUUUCAUGAAGACGGUUCGCCACACCUUCAAGGACGGCCUUCCUUGCAAGCGUGCGGGGCCCCGCGCCCUUCCAAAACUGCCGGCAGACUACCCGGGCAAAGAGGCUUGCCGCAUCUUCACCUUGUGGGAGUACCCGGAGAAAGGACCUCCCGUGUUCAAGAUGCUGAAUGUGGAGUCAUGGCGCCGACACACCCAUGGCUUGUGUCAGGAGCCCGUCCUCAUCAAUGACCAGAACGUCAAAAAGUGGAUACCUGACCUGCCAGAGGAGUACUUCAGGAUGCCAGCUCCAGCGCCGAAGUCGGACCUCAUCCGAUACGCUCUCCUCUACCAUCACGGGGGCCUGUACAUGGACGCCGACUUCGUGGCGGUGAAGGACAUGGACCCCAUCCUUGCACUGCUGCACACGCACGAUUUCGUCUCCUACCAGGAGAAAGGAGAGCCCGGGCAAGUUUGCAGCGCAGCUUUCAGCUCCAACUUGAUCGGCGGGAGGAGAGGCAGCCCAGUGUUCAAGUUCCUGUGGGAGCGCCAGAAGGAGAAGUUGCGCAAAAAAUGUGGCCACACAAAUCCUGGAGAGGCAUGCUGUCCGGAGAAUACCCGGCGACAGUGCACAGUUCCAUGGGCUGCGCUCGGCGAGGGCGUCACCCACCCCGCCUUCAACGAGCUGUUGAAGACAGGCGAAAUCUUCGAGACUUUCUGCUUCGCCGACGAAUGGUCUUUCGUGCCGGACCACUUCGCCUACUCCGUGGAGCACAUUCCCUCCAAGGACGAGGCUUUGAAAUACAUGGUGGAUCGAAACAUCCCACAGCCGCUGGACAGGAUCGUUUACCACCUUUUCAACGCCAUUACACCGCUUCACAAGUUCAAAUGUGCAACUUUGCUGGAUCCACGGAGGCUCAUUGGCCAUCUCUACACAGAGAGCUUCCGCUCCGAGACUGGGCGUCGACCUGUGGAGCGCAGCGAGGAGUCGGGUGCCUGGCUAGAGGAGCACCCGGAGUUUGUCAAGUACCAGCAGGUGCACAACGGCUGGCAGCCAUGUCCCGGUCCCGUUGACGUCACAGAAGCACCGACCUCCGCGGCCGAUUCAGAGGAGAGGCAAUGUCAGAUCUUUACACUCUGGGAAUACAAGUCUGGUCCGCCUCUCUCUGUGGCCCUGAAUGUGGAAGGCUGGCGGCGGCACGCUCACAAGCUCUGUGGAGAGCCUGUGCUCAUCAGCGACGAGAACGUGCGGACCUACAUCCCAGAUAUGCCGACGGAGUACUUUCGAAUGCCAUAUUCGCAGGCCAAGUCAGACAUCAUCAGGUAUGCGCUGCUGUACCAUCACGGUGGCAUUUACAUGGACACAGACUUCCUUGUCGUCCAGGACCUGGAUGAAGUUAUCGAUCUGGCGCAGUCCUAUGACCUCGUCUCCUACAUGGAUGAGGGCUCGGGGAGCUUGGAGAAGGGUUCUUGCUCCCGACAUUUCAGCUCGAACUUCCUGGCUUCUCGCAAAGGGAGUAUUUUCAUGAAGGAGGUCUGGACACGGCAGAAGCAGCUCAUGGAGACACAUUGUCCCCUCUCCGACAAGGAGAAAGAAAAGGUUUGCUGCUUCGACGACGACCGGACGCAGUGUCAUAUUCCUUGGGCAGGUAUUGGCGAAGGCGUUUCCCAUCCUGUCUUCGACGAGCUUGAGGGUGACGGUGUCCGCUUCAAAUCCUUUUGCUUCUCCGACGAACGGGGCUUCACGCCACCGGACAUGAUCAACAUGCUUGAGAAGGUGCGGAAAGUGUCGUCGGCAGAAGCACUCUGGGAAGCGGACAAGCGGGCCACAGCCAGA